GGAAAACAAUAUACUGUUGAUCUCCACCUACGCGACUUGUCAUUUUCUUCGACUUUGCGAUAUAAUCUUACGGAUUUUUUCGAUUGGUUUUCAUAUUCUAUCGAUCGUUCGAACUUACUUCUUUCAUUACGAACGAUAAUAUGACAAAUUAUAAACGUCUUAUUAUUGUAAAUGAUAUAUAAAAAAUUUCUUAAGGCUAUGCUUUUAGAAUUUGAAAGUACGCGGUUUAACGUUGUUACCACUGAAGAAGAAUUCAUUUUUUUCAUUAGUAAUAGGAGUUUCGUUCGACAGAUGACGCACAUCAUCUCUUCUGGGUCGAAAGAUAGAUAAAACAGUUACAAAGAACAGCUAGACAGACAUUCAGAUAGAAAAAAAUAAUAAUAAGAGUAACGUAAGUUUUGUAUACUCUAAUAUGAAAUAUGUAAACUUUUUCAUUUUUAAUUGUUGAAUUAUGUAUGGUGCAUUUUAAAAUUAUUGCGAAAGUAAUCAUAUAAUGUCGAAAAUGACGUUAAAUCACAUUAGCAAGUUUGCUUUUCAAAUUUGUUUACAAAAGCAUAAGGUUGCUAAUGUAAGACUAAUACAAAGUCGAAUCUUCGCAUUAAAUGCCCAACAAUCUGAACAGAAAACAUUAGAAUGUUUAAAUGAAAGAUCUGUAUUACGUCUCAGUGGACAUGAAUCUGCUACCUUUUUACAAGGUUUGAUAACAAAUGAUAUUGGAUAUCUUAAAGAAGGCUCUGCAAGUAUUUAUUCUUUGUUUUUAAAUAUCAAAGGUAGAGUAUUAUACGAUACUAUUUUGUAUAAAAGCAAAGAGGAUAAUGUAUUUUACAUAGAAUGUGAUACUGCAGUAGUGGAGUCUUUAGAAAAGCAUUUAAAGAUGUAUAGGAUAAGAAAAAAAAUAGAUAUAUUAUGUAUAGAUAAAAAUAUGAAAGUUUGGUCUAUGUUUGAUCCAACUAAGGUCAUUGAUGAUGAAAAUAACAGUUCUUUUGAAGGCUCUAUUUUACCCUGUGAUAUUACAAAUAACAAAGCUAGCAAAUUUAUAGACAAUAUUAUAAUAUGUCAAGAUCCUAGAUCAUCAAGUUUUGGCUUAAGAAUUCUUGCUAACUCAGAUAUUGAAAGAUCCGAAAUCAUAAAAUAUUUGGAUCCUAAUAUCUCUAUUUCUGAGGAUAGUUUAAGCUACAAAGAAUUUAAAUACAAAAUUGGUCUUGCUGAAGGUGUCAAUGAUUUACCACCAGGCAAACCAUUACCUCUGGAAAUUAAUUGUGACUAUUUACACGGUAUCAGUUUUCAGAAAGGUUGCUAUAUUGGUCAAGAAUUAACAGCUCGUACAUAUCACACUGGUGUAGUGAGAAAACGUUUAUUACCUUUCAUAUUUGAUCAGAUUCCAACUAUAUCUUUUAAAUAUGAUGAAAAAAUCCUUGAUGAAUCUGGCAAGAUGAAUACUUCAACGAUCCAAGAGUCUAAGGAAAAAACGAGAGAAAUCUUUUCAUGCUCUUUCUGUACUUUACAAGAAUAUUUUGAUUUUAAAGGCUCAAAACCUCCUUUCGCACGACAUAUCACUUAUUUAGAAGAAUGUUAUGUUAUGAAAGAUCCUUUUGAUUUAACUGCUAAAGAUGUUCUGGUUAUUGGAGGAGAUUGUAAUAUUUGUAAAAAAGCAGUGUGUCUAGGAUGCAGUGUAUUUUUUACUAAAAGAUUUUGUCAAUCUUGUGCUGCAAACAAUUCAGAUAAAUUACCUUCACAAAUUCUCUCGAAAAUCAAGAUAUAACAAACAGCUGUUUUUUAAUGAAAUUAUAUACGUAGUACUGAAAAUAUAUCAUUUGUUUCAUAUAUUUUUAUGAUUAUAAAAUACAACUUUCAAAUAGAGGUACUAUAUUAAUAAAGGAUAUAAAUUAUUUGUUUCUGAAGAAUUUCUUACAAAUCAAUUAAUCAUUAUCUUGUUAUUCUCUUUACAAGAUUUAAGGAUAAAUAUUUUCUAGGAACAAUGUUAUAAACUUCGUAUCUCACUGAUGAUAAUAUUCAUUGUAAAAUUAGUUUAUAUGAUGUUUAUAAUUUGCAAAAAACUUAAAUUUGGUACAAAUAUGAUAAAACAUCUGCACUGCAGAAGAUUCUGUAUGUUGAAGAUAUUUUAUACAUAAAAGAAGUCACACAAUAAUCAAAUUAGACUUUCUGUACUUUUUUGGACUUUGUAGUAAGUAUUGCAGCCAUUUUCUUUUUCUCUUGUUCCAACUUAGACUUCUUCUUCUUUUUCUUUUCUACAGUAGCUUUCUCUCCUUGAAAGAUGGUAGUUUUCUUUACUGAAACAUUCGGGGUACUGUCUUUGUGUAAUUUAUUUUUAAGUUUUAAUUUCUUUUUAUUAUUCUCCUGUAACAAAAAAAAAAAAUAAAAAAUACCAAAAAGUAAAAAGGAAAACAAAUUAAUAUAUCUUCAGUACACAAUAUAAUAUACACAAUUUAAGAAAUAUAAUUAAACUUACUGUUGGAGUAGUUUUAUUUGCAUCAUUAGAUUUGAACUUCUUUGAUGAUUUAUUAACUUCAUUAUUUACUGAGAGUGAUCUUUUAUUCUUGUUUUUAAAUUUCUGUUUCGAUUUGUCAUCUGUAGAAUACCGUUUUACUCGUAUUUCUCGAUUUAGAAGAGUUGAUCCAUUUAAUUCUAAUGCUAGAGGUACAGAAUCUUCGCUUUGAAAAUUAACAUAUCCUAUUCCUUUUCCUGUACCUUUCCUCGUAUCUCUAAUUAAUCGUACAGAAUGAAUUUCUCCACAUUGUUUGAAGUGUUCCCAAACAUCAUUAUCUUUGAUUGCUAUAUACAGUAACAGAAAUUAGACAAAUACAUAUUAAGAUAUAAGUUCUGAAAAUGGAAGAAUCUGCAUUACUUACUGAAAGAUAAAUUUCCUAAGAACACAGCUUUCUUAUUAUCUGGUUUCUUUUUCAAUUUAUCAACAGAGUCUACUCUUAAGUAAUUGCCUUCGAAUUUUUUUCCAUUCAUACUUAAUGCUUUUUGAGCCGCUAUUACUGUUUUAUAUACAACAAACAUAGUAGUAACGUCUACUUUAGGAUGUAUCUGAUUUUUUAUAGCAGCUACUUUUUUCUUCCUCAUCAAAUCUUUUGGAACUAUACAUCUUUCCCGUAUAUUUUCGAUAUGACCAAAUUGUUUAAAUACUUUCUUUAUUUCUUCUUUCUUUACAAUAUUUGGAAUAUUACUAAUAUAAAUUGUUCUUUUAUUUAUUUCGAGUUCUUCAGACUCUGAUUCUUCAUCACUGAUGUCAAUAUCUUCAUCAUCUUCAUCGUCUCCCUUAAAAUCUUCAUCAUUUUCAUCAUCCACAAUACUGUUUGCUAAAAGAUCUUUCAAAGUAGGAGUAGACUCUUCAUUAUCUUCUUCAUCAUCAUCAUCUUCCUCAUCAUCGUCAUUUUCUUCAUUAAAACUAUCUUUUUUCUUUUUAUUUUUAUCUACAGAUGAAAUGUUUGUUUUGCGAUGAGAUUCAUCCAUAUCAUCAUUUUCGUCUUCUUCAUAAAGAUCACGAAAAGAAUCGUCAUUGUCGUCAUCGUCGUCGUCGUCGUCGUCAUCAUCAUCAUCAUCAUCCUGGUCGUCAUCAUCAUCACCUUCUUCUUCAACUUUCUUCUUUUUUUCUUCAGAUUUAUUUAU